AUGUCUACAAAAAAGGUUACGACUACCAAACAACAACAACCACCAAAACCUGUUGCUAAAACAACAACAAAAGGAAAUGCAAAUGUAAAACAACAAACUCAAACUAAUAACGUUGCUAAAAAGACAACUAAUAAUAAUAAUAACAAUAAUAAUAACAAGACAACAACAAAGACAGUAGUAGUAAAAGAAGAUGUAAAUAAGAAAAGAAAACAAGAACAAGACAAUAAGAAAAAGGUUGAUUUGAAAAAGAAAAAGAAACAACAAGAAGAGGAAGAAGAGGAAGAAGAGAAUAUUUAUGGUAUAGUCUAUAGUGAAGAUGAACAAGAUGAUAGUGACGAUGAUGAUGAUAGUGUUGAUAGUGAUGAACAAGAUAGCGACUCUGACGACCAAGAUAACUCUGAUUUUGAAGAAUUCAAUGCUGGAUUUGAUAUUGGAACUGUCAAUGAAAAGGAUUAUCAUUCGAUCAAGGCAAUGCUUGCUCGUUUGAUUCCAUGGAAAUCUGAAACAAAGUUUAAUGCUGGAGAGAUUACCGAUCUCAUCAUUGAUCAAUGCAACAAGACAAAGUUUGGACGUGCUAUUCGUAUCGAACACAAUGACGAUCCCUAUGGAUUCGCAUCGGUUCUUUCUUACAAAAAGUACAGUACCAACGAUGCUGUAAAGGGUUUUGUUCAAUACAUUUUGGAAAAGUUAAAGACAUCUGAAUCUCAACACAUUGAUACCAAGAUUCACAAGAAACAACAAUCAGUUGUUGAUAUUGUCAAUGGAUUAUUAAAAGAAUCUCUAUCAAAGACUUCUAAAAAGGAUAGUAGUGUUGGUAUUGUAUUUAGUGAAAGAUUCUUAAAUAUUCCAUAUCAACUUAUUCAUCCAUUACAUCAAUAUCUUCAAUGGGAUAUUGAAUUAUUAAAUGAACAAGGAAUAACAAAUGAUUUUAAAUUUGAUAAUUAUUUAAUUUUAACUUCUUAUGGUGUCACUGCCAACACUAAACAAGACCAACAAUUGGAAACUAAAACAUCUUUAAAGACCUCUAAACAACAACCAAAAAAGAAAACUAAAAAGGAGGAACAAGAAGAAGAAGAAGAAGAAGAACAACAAAAAUUGGAACGUAAUCAAGUUGGUCAAUGUGACUACUUUAAAGCUGAAGAUGAAUUUUUCAAAAAGUAUUCAUCAAUGUGGAGUACAUUUGAUAUACCAUAUGAAUAUAAAGAUGAAGAUGAAACUAGUAAAUGGACAAUGGGAGGAAACCUUCAUCGUAAAGGUUUGAUUAUAGUAUUACCAACCUCUAAAAUUCAAUCAUUUUUAGAUGAUAUUAAAGAAGAAUUUAAAUAA